UGUUUCUCUACACAGCCUCUCACACUACCCGACUUACUGAGUGUUUGUAAACAUACGGAAUAGUACAUUUUAUAUAGAAAUUUGUUGCUUUUGGAACUUUAUGUAGGAAGUUAACGUUUAAAAAGCAUAGCAGUUGAGUUAAAGAUAUACAUUAGAAAAUUUUUGGCUUUGGAACUUUAUUUAAAAGGCGUAGCACUUGAGUUUAAAAGUUUUAAUUUUGAAAAUGGCGGGAUACAGUUUUGAAACUAAAAUUAUUGCUCCAUUCACACCGGUGGAUUAUGUGCUUUUCGGACUUAUGUUGUCAGUUUCGGCGUUUAUUGGAAUAUUUUAUGCUGUUAAAGACAGAAAUCGUAAUAAUACGAAAGAGUUUCUUUUAGCCGGCGGGAAAAUGAAUCCCAUCCCGGUCGCGCUGUCGAUUCUUGCAAGUUUUAUGUCGGCAAUUACUUUAUUAGGAACGCCGGCGGAAAUGUACAAUUUUACGACAAUGUAUUGGUAUAUAGGUCUCGGGUACCUUCUGGUGGUUGCGGUUGCGGCUCAUCUGUUUAUACCGGUAUUCUACCGGCUGAGGGUUACCAGCGCUUAUGAGUAUCUACAGCACAGAUUCAGCAAAGGUGUCCGAACUGCUGGGUCAUUGACCUUCUGUACACAAAUGAUAUUGUACAUGGCGAUUGUCCUAUACGCCCCGUCAUUGGCUCUUAAUGCAGUAACCGGCUUUCCACUGUGGACAGCUAUCAUAACAGUUGGAAUCGUCUGUACAUUUUACACAGCACUGGGUGGUCUAAAAGCUGUAUUAUGGACGGAUACGUUCCAGGUAGGUGUCAUGUUUGCCGGAUUGUUCGCUAUUGUUAUUAAGGGAAUGUCAGAUGUAGGUGGACUCAAAGAAGCAUGGCACAAUUUUGAUGCAAGUGGUCGCGUGGACUGGGACGAUUUUAGUGUCGAUCCAAAGAUCCGGCACUCGGCCUGGUCCUUGGUGAUUGGCGGGAUGUUCACAUGGGUGGCUAUCUACGGCACCAACCAGGCUCAGGUACAGAGGGCGUGCUCAUGUUCUACAUUAAAGGAGGCGCAGAUAGCCAUGUGGAUCAACUUUCCUGGGUUGUGUUUAAUCUUGUACCUUGGUUGUUUUAUCGGAGUUGCCCUGUACAGUUUAUACAGAACAUGUGACCCCCUUAAAUAUGAUCUCAUCACAGCGACAGAUCAGUUGCUGCCUUUAUUUGUAAUGGAUGUUUUAGGAGAUAUUCACGGAGUCCCAGGAUUGUUUGUAGCUUCUUUAUUCAGCGGUGCUUUAAGCACCCUGUCAUCGGGUCUCAACUCUAUUGCCGCAUGUAUAUUACAAGACGUUAUCAGGGCUUAUUUUGUUAAAGACAUGACAGAGUCUCGGGCAACAUGGAUAUCGAGAAUCAUUGCUGUUAUAUUUGGCGUUAUAUGUCUGGGGCUUACAUAUGUUGCAUCAAAACUUGGCGGUGUCCUACAGGCGGCGUUAUCCCUUUUCGGAAUGAUAGGUGGUCCGUUGUUAGGGUUAUUUACCUUGGGUAUGAUAUUCCCUUGGGCAAAUACAGCGGGGGCAUAUGCAGGGCUUAUUAUUGGUCUCAUAUUUAUGUUUUGGAUCGGUAUUGGAGCGUAUGUAACUCAGGUAUCCAAGACAAUCCCAAAAUCACCUGUUUCUGUUAUCGGAUGUAACUGGAACCUAACAACGACAGCUUCUACGACGAUCAACGGUACAGUGUCAGCGAUGAUGUCAACUGUGACGUCAACAGUUGCGACAACUUCAAACGUCACAGAAGCUGUGACCACUGCUGCUGAACACGAUGGCGGUCCUUUCUUUCCACUGUAUUCGCUGUCGUAUCUAUGGUAUAGCGCAACUGCCGUUCUUGUUGUGGUAGGAAUUGGACUAAUUGUUAGUUUUAUAACGGGUGCUAAUAAAGGCUGCGAUGCAGAUCCUAAAUUAAUGAUACCAUUAUUCGACAUUAUGUUCCCAUUUUUACCUGAGAAAAUCUUGAAACCUUUGAGAUUUGGAGUGAGAUACGAUACAUAUGCGAAACCCAGUGGGAUGGUAGUUGAUGAAAGGGAUAUACGUCAUACAGCAGACGAGCUUGAAGAAGGGGAUGUGAACAAGUACUUCGACAUCGAGCUAGACACAAGAGCAGACGACAACAAGAAGAAAGCAAGUAAUGGUAACCUUGGUAAUGGAGAUGUACAAGUGAAUGGUGACAUUGUUAAAGCAGACGAGACUAUUGAAAAUGAAAUAGAUCACCCAUAUUCCAAACAAAACAGUGCUUAUGUCGCGGACACUGCAACUGGUGAUAAUGAAUCAACUCGACUAUAAUAGGCUUUUUGAUCGCGAGAAAAAUAUGUAUUUUGAUAAGUGAUUGUUGUUUUAUGUACAUUGUACUGAAUUAUAUGCACAUUGCACAGUGGAUGUUUUCAAGACGAAUUGAGGUACUAUUUGAUGAAAUGGACGUUCAUUUUCAUUUGUAACCAUACAUCUUUUUACAAAAACUUUGCCGCAAAAUGUCCCUUUGUGUGUGUGUGUGGGGGGGGGGGGUAGAAAAUUAUCACAAUACAUGUUUAUGUUUUUAUGUUUAUUUAAAAAUCACACGUCUUAAUGAAACGACCUCUUGGCAUGAUAGGGAGGGAUAGCCUAUUAGCUGAACUGUCUGCACCUCAUUCCCGGGACUGUAUCUUAUAGGACUACAUAAAUAACAAUUUCUCCCACCAAAGUUUACCACUACAUUAACUGAGUUUAAAUUUUCAAUCUUGUGCUAAAGGAAAUGUUGUAUAUCAAACUUUUAGUCAUUUCAUCAUUCCAGUGUUGACUUUGUCUCAGUUUUGCCUUUCUCGUCAACAUGUAAUCCAAGAAAAUUAUAU